ACGGCUACUUCUCUACUUAUCUCCAAAUUUAAUCCCGCACAGUACACAACUCCCUCUCUAAUUCUCUCCCAAAUCCUUCAGUCUGUUUUGUUCGUUCUUAAAUUUGAAGCUUCUGGAUGGAUCCUGGUCGGAUGGGGGCGAUCCAGGGUCGGAAGGUUCGAGUGAUAGCGAAGAUCAGGAGCGGAUUCACAGAUCUGGAAUCAGAGUCCGGCAGCAGUCGUACCAAGGAUCGAAUUUCGGUCCAGAAACCGAACGGAGAUGAGUCCGAGACUGUAACUAUCUCUUUUGAACAUCAGUCUGUAAGCCAAAAUGAGUCUUACAAAGUGGAUUAUUGCUAUGAGCAGAAUGAGGGAAAUGAUAUAAUCUUUUCAAGGGAAGUAAAACCACUAAUUUCUGGAAUUUUUGAUGGUCAUGAUGCCACUAUUGUUGCUUAUGGAGCAAGGGGUAGUGGAAAGACCUACUUAAUUCAGGGUUCUGAAAAUGAACCAGGUUUGGCAGUUCAAGCAAUGGCUGAGGUUCUUUCUUUGGCAGUGGAAAGUGGGAAGUUGGUAUCAAUAUCUUCUUAUCAUAUUAUAAAUGAACGUGCCUAUGAUCUUUUAGAUCCAAAGAAAUCUGAAGUUUCAGUAUUGAAUGACGCUAAAGGCAAAACUCAACUUAAAGGACUUUCUCAGGUUCCUGUGAAAUCCAUUUUAGAAUUUCAGAAAUUAUAUCUUAGUGGACGAAAUUUACAUAAAUCACAGAAGAAAACUGAACCUCCUUGUAGAAGCCACAAAGGCCUAGUCAUUCAUGUAUUUCAGGGUGAAAAGUCAGAUACUAUUCCUCUCGGGAAGUUGAACGUUGUUGAUUUGGCAGGUUAUGAGGAUGGUCGGAGAAAGAGCACCAAUGCUCUUAAUCUUCUUGAGAAUACUAAGAUUAAUAAACCCAUAUAUGCUUUGCAGAAUGUUGUUCAUGCUUUAAAUGCUAACAAAAGCCUUGUACCUUAUCGAGAAAGUACAUUAACUCGCAUGUUGCGAACUUCCUUGGAAGGGACAAACCAAAUUCUGAUAGUUGCUUGCUUGUCUCCAUUAUUUUGCCAAGACUCUGUGCACAUUGUAAGUCUGGCAUCUCGUUCUUGUCUUGGCACUAGUCAGACUGUCACAGACUCAACAAAGAGAAACAAAAGUUCAGCAAGACUAAUGGGGCAUUCUUCACUGAAGAGCUCCAUUCCUGGGAGUGUUUCUUCAACUGUGAAGAAACAGUCAGGCUCACAUGUGCAAUUUUCUGAAAGGAAAUUUUCUGAAAGGAAAGCCAAUGGUAUGGCUUCAGUGAUCAAAGGAAGGAAACUAUUUACUGAAACAAGUCAUUCAGCAAAAUCUAAGAAGGCAUUGCAGAAGUUACCAAUGCAGGCAACCUCCACAGAUAUUGUCGCAACCAUUGAACAUCCUCUGCAGGAAGAGGAUAACUCCUCUUUAGGCAGUGAAAAAGCAAUUAUAACUUGUGACGAGGAACCUUCCCCUUUACCAGCUCUUGGUUUACAAGAAACCACCAUAACAGAUAAGGAACUUUCCCCUUUAGCAGCUCUUGGUUUACAAGAAACAGCCAUAACAGACAAGGAACCUUCCCAUUUAGCAGCUCUUGGUUUACAAGUACCCACCAUAACAGAUAAGGGUGUUCAACAGAGUGAGGAAAAUCAUGAAGAAGUUACUCCUAGUAUAAUUAGUGGUGUAAAAGCAUUGUCUUUGGUUGAAGAAGGUCAUGCCAUAGAUAAAGAGAACAACAAUUCUCUUAUCAACGAAAGUGGAUCACCACCAAUUAGUGAAUGUUUACAGGAGUUAUCUAACAAUCUGAAAUUGCUUUAUUCCUCAAUUCCGUCAUGUGUAGAGAUCCCACCAAAGAAUGAUGCUCUCAAUGCUCAAUUCUCUACUGAUACUUUAGAGCCUAAAACUCCUGAGCCUAGUAUACAAGUUAAUGAAAAGUGUGAGCUUGCAAACAUCAGCUCAAGUCCUUGGCAAACCUUCAGUAUGCGUAGUUCAGGAGUGAAGAACUCUCUUGUUCAAGAAUACCUUAGGUUUUUAAAUACAGCCAACAAGGAGGAGUUGAAAAAACUUAAGGGAAUCGGAGAGAAGAGAGCUACUUCCAUUCUUGAACUUCGCGAAGAAUCUCCAGAACCCUUCAAAGAUCUUGAUGAUUUGAAGGAAAUUGGACUUUCGGCCAAACAGAUCAAAGGAAUGAUGAAAAAGGAAAUGGGAGAGCUCUUCAAUUAGCAUCUAAAAGAUGUUGAUAUUCAAGAAUGUGAAGAAAACCGGUGUAAAUGGCAACAUGAAGUCACCUUAAUGUACCUCAUUUGUUUGGUUUAGCAUUACUGUUUCUGGAUGACUAUUCCUAUCCGGCUUAUGCUUGUGUUUGUUGUUGGAUUGACCUUUUGUUGCUGUAUUAUGUAACAUAUUUCAUGUAAAACUACCCGUCUAAAUAUAAUGGUUUUGAUAUU